AUGCGCAGACCAGCUCCCUCAAUUUUGAGGUCCUGCGUGCAUCGGCGUUUUGGCAUCAGUUUUGUUGGAUGCAGGAGUCAGCCUGCUGUCCGUUGUUUUUCUACGGACCAGCUGUGGAGAGGUGUGCGCUCUACCAGCUUCAGCAACAGCCUGGAUUUCAAAGAUGGGUCCGAAAGCACGUUCCCCGUUUUUCGAGUUCUAAAUGCUAUGGGAGAACUUGAUUCAGGAGUUGAGCUCCCGUUCUCCAUGGACGAGGGAGUUGAGAUGAUGCGAAUGAUGAUAAAGUCCAAAGUAUACGAUGACGUCUUGAUGACCAUGCAGCGGCAAGGGCGGAUUAGUUUUUACUGCACCAAUUAUGGAGAGGAGGCAACCAGUGUAGGAACAGCAGCAGCUCUGAAGUCUCAAGAUAUGAUUUGGCCUCAAUAUCGAGAACUUGGGGCCUUUCUGUGGAGAGGCCUGACAGCACAGGAGAUUGCUGACCAGAACAUUGGUAAUGAAGGUGAUCGAAGCAAGGGGCGAAACUUGCAGGUCCAUUAUUGCAUGUUGGAAAAGAACAUGCAGACGGUGCAUGCAGUGUUAGGUACUCAGAUCCCUCAAGCCCCAGGUGCAGGGUAUGCUUACAAGCUAGACAAGGAGGACCGUGUCUCUGUAGCAUACUUUGGCGAUGGAGCGGCAUCUGAAGGCGAUGCAUUUACUGGCUUCAACUUUGCUUCCGUUUAUGGUGCACAGACCCUGUUCAUUUGCCGAAACAAUGGCUAUUCCAUUUCUACUGGGGUGGAGGACCAGUACAAGGGGGAUGGCAUUGCUGCACGUGGACCGGCACUGGCCAUACCCACCAUCCGCGUUGAUGGGAAUGACUUGGUUGCAGUGUACAUUGCCACGCAGGCAGCACGGAAAAAGUGCGUGGAAGAGAAGACGCCAAUACUUCUGGAGCUCAUGACCUACCGCGUUGGUGACCACACUACUUCGGAUGAUUCUUCCGCUUACCGCAAGGAGGACAAGGAAGAGGUCAAGAGAUUAUCGGGUGUUGGGCCACUACCCCGCUGGAAAAAGUUUCUGGAAUCCAGGGGGAUGUGGGAUGAUGAGAAGACCAAGGAGGUGGAAGUAGCCGCACGGGAAGAGAUGCUUCAGGCCAUGAAAGCGGGCGAGGCGAAGAAGAAGCCGCCCCUGCGUGAGCUUUUUACUGAUGUUUUCAGCGACCUGCCGUGGCAUCUGGAGGAACAGGCAGCGUAUGCAGAGCAGCAUUGUCGUGAGUACAGCAGCAGCUACAACAUGCACACGGUAAGAGGGCUGGACGGCCCAGCUCCGAGUGCCGAUCCAAAGCGAAUAGCCUCUGCUCCCAGGGUUCUGCCUCCUGCUCCUCGAGGGGAGGCCAAAGAGACGACCAUGGUGCAGGCAAUCAAUGAUGCCCUCUCCAUUGCUUUGGCCUCAGACAGCCGCUCUGUCCUCUUCGGUGAGGAUGUCGCCUUCGGUGGCGUGUUCCGCUGCUCCGUGGGUUUGAGAGACAAGUAUGGCGAAGAUAGAGUUCUGAAUGCCCCCGUCGCAGAACAGGCUAUCGCAGCUUUCGCAGUAGGUUUGUCAGUAGCAGGCUACAAGGCGAUCGCGGAGAUCCAGUUUGCUGAUUACAUCUUCCCGGCAUUUGACCAAAUUGUCAACGAAAUUGCAAAGUAUCGGUACCGGAACGCAGGUGGUGGUGCUGGGAACAUCACUAUUCGAGCUCCUUGCUCUGCAGUGGGGCAUGGAAGCAUGUACCACAGCCAGAGCGUGGAGUCCUAUUUUGCCCAUUGUCCCGGCUUGAAGAUCGUCAUCCCGCGCGGACCGAAGCAGGCCAAGGGACUGCUUCUAGCGGCCAUCCGAGAUCCCGAUCCUGUUCUCUUCUUUGAGCCCAAGGUCCUAUACCGAGCUCGAAUCGAAGGACCCGAUGGCCAAGUGCCGGUCGAGGAUUACGAGCUUCCGAUUGGGCAGGCUGAAGUAGUGCAGGAAGGAACAGAUGUCACUCUUGUCGGAUGGGGGUCACAGAUUGGCCGCCUACAGGCAGCUGCCGCAAAGGCAGCCGAAGAAGGGAUUUCCUGCGAGGUUGUCGACCUACAAACCAUCAUCCCAUGGGAUGUGGAUACCGUGCAGGCCUCGGUGGAGAAGACCGGGCGCCUCAUCAUCGCACAUGAAGCCCCUCAAACCAACGGCUUCGGCGCCGAGAUUUCGGCCAAAAUCCAGGAGCGCUGCUUUCUUCACCUGCAGAGCCCAAUCCAGAGAGUAUGCGGUUUUGACACCCACUUCCCCUACGCCUGGGAGGAGUUUUACGUGCCUUCGGCUUCGAGGGUCCUGGCUGCAAUCAAGGCCAGCGUUUCCUUCUGA